UAUGCUGAUGCCACAUGAAGCAUCUGUGAUAGUAUGCCAUUGUUGACGGCUCCACUGAUGUUUUUGGCUGUGUAAUUUCUGCAAUUUCAUUGUGCAAUGGGCUCCAAAUAUGCUUUUGCCAGGGCCACUGCUGUUGGCACGGUGACAAUUACUUUUGUGCUGAUGUUGUGCUUGACGUCGUCCUUCGUCUUGGGUAAGAAUGCUGUGCCGAAUCACGAGCACCCAACACCAAGUCCUGAUCUCUACACCUGGCUGGAUACGUUGGGAGCAACGGUACACCUUGUUGUUGGGCCUGUGAAUGAAGCCGGGCUGAGGGGCACAGUGGCCACCAAAGAUAUUGCCUCAGGGGAGCUCAUACUGCAGAUCCCUAAUUCAGCCACCAUAGAUGUCGGCGACUACUCUCUCCCCGGUGCAGAGCUUGCGGUCCAUCUAUUCCGGCGCCAGCUGACAGACCCCAAGUGGAAUGCAUCAUUCGAGCCUUAUUGGAAGAGCUUGCCAGAAUCGGGAAGCCUGCACAGCAAGGAAGUCUUUGAGAAUCCAAAGCACAGAGAGCUGCUCCAGAACGAGUACCUGGCUGCGUACGCUGAAGUCAAUGCAAAUUGGACCAGAGAUGUGUUUGCAGGCAAUGCGUCACUAGAGCCAGGAAAGAUGUUCCCUUCCUUGCUUGCAGAGAAGCUGUCUGGCGCAGACAAGGUCACCUUUGAGGAAUUUAAGCAUGCCGCAUCGCUAACGGCUACAUACAGCUUUGUGUUCCCCAAUAAAGAAGGCCAGUACAUGCGCGUCAUGCUGCCAUUAUUUGAUCUGAUCAAUCACAAGGGCGAGGGGGCCAACAGCUAUGUGGGCAAGGAUUCCACCACGGGUUCCUAUCACCUCAUUGCCUCAAAGGACAUAAAGGAGGGAGAGGAGGUGACACACUGCUACAACUGGGACAAUGAGCGCAACGACUACGCUCUCAUAAACUACUUCUUCUUUCAGACCUUGGACCCGCCUCGGCUGUGCGCUCUAGACCUGCCCGAUGGCAACCUGGAUGGCGGGUUCACAGAGCCCGACGACCGCUACCUGCCCCAUGAGAAGGGAGCCAUUCAGGAACUGAUUUCACAAUUUGAGGCCAGGCUCACCACAUUCCCAACAACAGAGGAGGAAGACGAGAAAAUGCUGGCAAAGGAGGGUAGCAAGCUGGAUUGGAUCAGCCACAGGAUCAUUGACUUCAGGCGGGAGCGCAAAAGGGUCAUUCGACUUACCAUUGAGCGCCUCAGGGAGCGGGAAAAGACCGCCUACAGCCUGCUGCCGCCCAGCACAGGAGCAGACGCUUCCAAGGAAGAGCUGUAA